UGCUUCUUCUCUAACAGAAAAGGGCUACCGAGGAGUCUCCAGACUCCAGACCUAAGAGUUGCUGUGUCGAGGAGAGAGAGAGAGAGAGAGAGAAAGAUGACGGUGAUGGAGAAGUUGAAGAUGUUCGUAGUUCAAGAGCCUGUAGUCGCAGCUUCCUGCCUCAUUGCUGGUGUUGGUCUUUUCCUUCCAGCUGUGGUCAGGCCUAUCUUGGACUCUAUGGAGACGUCCAAGCAAGUUCCACAACCUGCUUUACGUGAUGUGGUUGCAGGAAUGACUGGUAAAAAAGAGUAGUUUGCGACGAGGACGUGAUUUGAAACUUUUUUUCACUGGUCAUUGAAUAAGCCCUUUACCAAGCUUCUCAUUCUGGUACCAAUUAGGUAGAUUGGAACAUAUUCCAUUUCAUUGCCCAUGUAAGCAUGUGAAUGGCUGCAGCAUACAAACUUUAUGGUUAUGUGCUGUUCUCAAAUUUUUUCUCCAUGGGUUCAUGUAACUAGCAAUAGCUAAUAAUUGUGAAUGAACCAUUGCAGGAUGAACUCAUCUUAAAUCUAAUUAAUGGGUAUCUCUAUUUGGUUUGUGAUUUA